CGGCGCAGGCCGCCGGCACCGGCAUGAAGGGUCUGCUGGAGUGCAUGGCUGAGAGCCUUAACCUUGUGGACGACCAGGGCCUGAACGAAAGCGCCCAGGACGAGCUGCUGGCCUCGGUCUCGUCCGACAGCCAGUGGCAGGAGGCGCAGCGCCAGCAUCUUCAGCUGUGCGAGGAGAUGAUGAGCCCCAACCUAACGGUGGCACAGCAGGGCGUCUACUUCUUGUCCUGCUGGCACAGCCUCAGCGUUCUCGAGUGCAAGCGGACGAAGAUGGAGGAGCUCGGUGCGUCCGUGGACGCCGAGAACGGCGGCGAUGUGGGCCAGGCGCUCGUGUAUAUGGCCGAGAGCCUCUGCCUAAAAACCUGA